AUGAGUUUUAUUUGAAGCUAUCACUGGUUUAUUUUUAUUUUCUUGUUUAACAGUGAGAUGUGAUUGCUUGCUUCCCUCUUCCUGCCCUCCUCUCCACAGCGAAAAAAAUCAGUGGAACUUGUGAAAUUGCUGUCGUUUAACCCACCUUAACCACCCUUGUGACAGGAUAUCCAUCACUGUGAUUAAGAGGGGACAGUGUCAUGUCUCUGUGUCACUAUGUCACAUACCUUAGCACACUACAGACCUCUUCUCUCAAGACUGGAACACUCUCGCACCACCUCUUCCACCACUGAGUGCAAGCUACACAUCAAGGAUAAUGUUCCCUUGUUUAAGUUUAGCUGUGAUCCUUUGUCUCCUGCAAGUCAUCUGCAUUACUGCUGACAUAGACAGUGGCUCCUUCCUGAUUUUCAACGAUAACCACAACAAGUGCAUCAAGGUGGAGAGCGCCACCUCGGUAACUUUGGCCCCUUGUGAUCCUCAUGCCAAACAACAGCAGUUUCGUUGGGCUUCCCAGUCGCGUGUUCUCAGUCUCUCCCUCAAGCUCUGUCUGGGGGCAACAGAGAUAAAAGACUGGGUGAAGGUCCUCCUCUUUGAAUGUGAUGACAACAGUGAUCUCCAGCAUUGGCAGUGCAAGAAUGAGACUCUGUUUGGCCUAAAAGACCAGGACCUGCACUUAAACUGGGGAAAUCGAAAUGAGAGGAACAUAAUGAUCUACAAAGGCUCCGGGACUUGGAGUCACUGGAGGAUAUUUGGUACUCGAGGUGACCUUUGUUCAAAGGGGUAUCAAGAGAUUUUCACAAUAGGGGGCAAUGCGUUUGGUGCCCCUUGUCAACUCCCUUUUAAGUUUGGUGAGAAUUGGUACGCUGAAUGUACAAAAGAGGGUCGAGUCGAUGGACAGCUGUGGUGUGCCACAGAGAGAGAUUACGACAUUGUGAGGAAGUGGGGUUUUUGUCCCACCCAAGGUAAGUCAUCCUCAGGUUGGGACACUGACCCAGUCACUGAGGUUCAGUAUCAAAGGAAUGCACAGUCAGUGUUGACCUGGCAUCAAGCCAGGAAGAGCUGCCAGCAGCAAGGAGCUGACCUCCUCAGCAUCGUAGAGCUACAUGAGCAGUCAUACAUUUCAGGGUUAACAAAUGCGUUGGGAACAUCUCUGUGGAUUGGACUGAAUUCCUUGGAUUUUGAGAGUGGAUGGCAGUGGAGCAAUGGAAAUCCAUUUAGAUAUUUAAACUGGGCCCCAGGUCAUCCCUCGUCAGAUCCUGGAGAUACCUGUGCAACCCUAAAUGUUGCAAAAGCCUCAAAAUGGGAAAGCAGCGCUUGCACAAAGAAACUUGGUUACAUUUGUCGCAAAGGAAACUCCAAGAGUCUGCCCCCACCACCAAGCAAAGAUCAGCCCAGCUACUGUCCCAGUCACUGGGUUCCUUAUGCAAGUAACUGUUACUACCUGGAGAGGAAUACAAAGAUGUGGAGGGAUGCUUUGGUUGCGUGCCACAAAGAGGGAGGAGAUUUGGCCAGCAUACUCAAUAUAGAAGAGCAGAGUUUCAUCAUUUCUCAAUCUGGAUACUUGCCAACAGAUGUGCUCUGGAUUGGCUUGAAUGAUCAGAGGAACCAGAUGCUGUUUGAAUGGUCCGAUCACUCCCAUGUUACUUUCACCCAGUGGCAAACCGGUGAACCAUCUCAUGCCACCAAUCUACAGGAAGACUGUGUUCUCAUCAGAGGAAAGGAUGGGAGGUGGGCAGAUCACAUGUGUGAAAAGACAUAUGGGUAUAUCUGUAAGAAGAGGGCCUCCACUAAACCAUCUGAAGGUGUUCAAGAGGAAGCCAAUCCUGGAUGCAAGCUAGGCUCGAUCAGGUUUGGUUCAUACUGUUACAAUGUUGGAGCUGAGACAAAAACCUUUGAUGAGGCAACACAGGCAUGCUCAGUGGUUGGCGCUAACCUGAUAGAUGUGGCUGACAGAUAUGAGAAUGCCUUCCUGGUCAGUUUGGUGGGUCUAAGACCAGAGAAGUAUUUCUGGAUGGGUUUGUCCAACAUGGAAGAUAGAAACACUUUUCGAUGGACCACCAAAAGAAAGGUCAUGUUCACUCAUUUCAACGUGGGAUUGCCAGACAGAAAACAAGGUUGUGUUGCCUUGACAACUGGGGCUUUUGCUGGAUUAUGGGAUGUUGUCAGCUGCAGCAAUAAGGAGAAAUAUAUCUGCAAGAAACCAGCAGAGGGUGUGCUAAGGACGACCGUUCCACCCACCACUCCGGACCUGAGCUGUGCCUCAGGGUGGACUCCUGCUGACAAAAGGAACGUUUGCUACAAGCUUUACAAAAAACAAAAGGAUCUUAAGAAGACUUGGCAUGAAGCACAGGACUUUUGCAAGGCCAUUGGUGGGGACCUGAUGAGCAUCCACAGUUCACAGGAUCUAAGCAAUGCUCCGUUUCAUGCCUCUGAUGGAGCAUGGAUUGGCUUCAGCUCCCUGGAUACCAACCAAGGUUUUGUCUGGACUGAUGGGUCUGCUAACGACUUUGAGAACUGGGGCUAUGGAGAACCAAACAACUACAAUGACAAUGAACAUUGUGCAGAAGUCCAGUUCUACUAUGGACGGCACUGGAACGAUCGGCACUGUGAGGCAUGUAAUGACUGGAUCUGCCAGAUACGCAAAGGUGUGACUCCCAAACCUGAGCCUGCCAUAGUUGCAACAGUAUACAACACCACAGAAGAUGGCUGGCUCAUAUACAAUGACACACAGUAUUUCAUCAACACUGACACCCUUUCCAUGGAAGCUGCCAGAGCCUACUGCAAAAAAAACUUUGGGGAACUUGUGGUCAUCACAGGGGAGAGUGAGAGGAAGUUCCUUUGGAAACAGCUAGCCAAAGGCACAGAAGGACAGUACUACAUUGGCAUGGCAGUGAAUUUGGAUAAGUCAUUUAGCUGGCUGGAUGGCACGCCUGUAACUUACACUGCAUGGGAACAAAAUGAGCCCAACUUUGCUAACAAUGAUGAAAACUGUGUGACUAUAUACAAGAACAUGGGUUACUGGAAUGAUAUUAACUGUGGUAUGGAGCUACCCUCUAUAUGCAAAAGAAGCAGUAGUUUUAUCAAUACAACAAUGGCCCCCACCACUGUUCCCAAGGGGGGGUGUGCACCAGAGUGGCUAUCUUUCCAAGGGAAGUGCUACAAAUUUGUUGUGGGGAAUGACAAUAAGAACUGGCAGGAAGCCAGGACUUACUGCAUAAACCAGGGAGGAAACCUGGUUUCUAUCGUCAAUGACAGAGAGCAAGCUUUCCUAACAACACAGAUGCUGAGAUACAAUGCAGAUUUUUGGAUUGGCAUGAAUGAUGUCAACUGGGAGAUGCACUUCGUAUGGACAGACGGCAAAGGCCUUUCAUACACCAACUGGGCCAAAGGACACCCAACAUCAGUGCCGGAUGGACGAUAUUCAUUCAUGGAUGAGAUGUUUGACUGUGUGAUCAUGGUGGGCAGUGUCUCCAAAGUAACAGGAUUCUGGAAAGUGGAAGACUGUAACGCAAAACAUGGCUUAAUCUGUAAAAGAAACAUCGAUUCUCAGAUUGUAGUCCCACCCACUACUGUGUUACCAAAAGCUUUCUACAAGCUUGGCAAUGAUUCUUACAAACUGGUAGCCCAGAAGAUGAGAUGGGAUGAGGCAAGGAGGCAGUGCCAAGCAGAUGAUGCAGAUCUGGCCAGUAUCCUGAAUCCCUUAACUGAGGCAUACAUCACAUUGCAGAUUUCCAAGCACAAUGAGCCUGUGUGGAUUGGCCUCAACAGCAAUAUGACUGGUGGUCGGUUCAAGUGGGUCGAUAACUGGCGUCUGUCUUACACUAAAUGGGGCAUUGAGGAGCCAAAAAACAAUUACGGCUGUGUGUAUAUGGAUGUGGACAGAACAUGGAAGACUGCAUCAUGCACCAAUACGUACUAUUCCCUUUGCAAGAGGUCACCUGAUACAGCACCCACUGAGCCCCCACAGCUUCCUGGCAGCUGUCCAGAACCAAAGAAGCGAAAAACCUGGAUACCUUUCAGAGGCCACUGUUAUUCCUUCCUCAGCUCAGUGGUGGAAAACUGGGCACAUGCCUCAGUUGAAUGCUUGAAGAUGGGUGGAUCUCUGGUGAGUAUCCAGGACCCUCAGGAGGGUCUGUUCAUACAACAGAACUUAGAGCUUCUGCAGGACGGUGCCAAAACCUUCUGGAUUGGCCUGUUCAAGACCCAUGAAGGGGAGUGGAUGUGGAUCGAUAACAGUGUUGUGGACUAUACCAACUGGAAAACGGGAAUGCCAAAGUCAGAAUCAUGCGUUGACAUCAAUUCUGACAGUGGUCAGUGGAGUACAAACAGCUGCAGCAGAUACAGAUCUUACAUCUGCAAAACAGCUAAAGUUAUUACACCUACAGAAAAGCCUCCAUCUGUUGCACACAUCAUUAAAGAAGCUUCGCAUGGAUCUGCUGGCAUUACCCUGGCUAUAGUGCUAGUUGUAAUUGCCACAGUCGGACUUGGUGCCUUCCUCCUCUUCCGAAAACGGAUUCCCACCCCUGUCUUAGGAGAAUGCAACUUUGACAACAAGUUAUAUUUCAACAAUCCAAUCCGAGCCCUUGUAGACACCAAGAGUCUGGUGGCCAACAUUGAGCAAAAUGAACAAGCAUAGACAGACAUCAGAUCAGUGGUAAUCAGCUAAAUGAAAAUGUCAUGGUCAGAGAUUUUCACCUUGGUUUCGUACACCAUUUCAGAUCACUAUACUUGGAACUGAAUCUCAACUAACUGAAUGUGUUUUCCCAUUUUACAGUGAACUAGAUCAAACAUAAUGAUUAACAGAAUCAUUAUACAAUAAUUCUUACAAAAACUGGCACUGCACUAAGCGAAUUACAAACAAACAAAAAUAAUUGAACAAUCUUUUUUUUUGAAUAACAUGAUUAUGUGAUUUGUGAAUUGAUUUUUUUUACUUUUAUAAAUCAACAUAACCAAAAAUAUUUGUAGACCAAACACAUGUAAAGAAAAGAAAAAAAAGAAAGGAGAACAUUUUUUUUUUAAUGAAUUUUUUUUAAACGUGGUUGCUUGUUUUUAUUUCCCAUGGACUCUUUGUCAAAUGGUUUCUAGUUUUCAACAAUGUAAAUACAUCCUCAAUAAAAAGAUUAAAUACAAAAA